AUGGCAUUCCCGUGCUCCUACACCGUGCGGCCGCCGCGCGCCGUCCGACCCCGAGGCCAACGCCCCCGUGGUUCCCGCCCCGCGCUGACGGUCGUGGCCGCUGGCACCCGCGCCAGCGGCGCCGAGGCUCGUGCAUCCCUGGUGCUGGCUCUCGCCUCACAGGCCCUCGCCGCCUCGCAGCGCCGCGCCGUCGACCUCGUCACCGAGGCCACCAAGUACGCCUUCCCUUCUAGCCGCUUCGAGCCGCGGACGCUCGAGGAGGCCCUCAUGUCUGUUCCCGAUCUCGAGACGGUCCCGUUCCGCCUACUGAAGCGCGAGGUGGAGUACGAGAUCAGAGAAGUGGAGUCCUACUAUGUUGCCGAGACGACGAUGCCUGGAAGAACUGGAUUUGAUUUCAAUGGAUCGUCUCAGUCAUUCAACGUGUUGGCCUCUUAUUUAUUUGGUAAGAACACGAGGUCCGAACAAAUGGAAAUGACAACCCCUGUUUUUACUAGGAAGGGUGAAACUGGCGGUGAAAAGAUGGACAUGACUACCCCAGUUAUAACAAAGAAGUCAGCUGAUGACAAUAGGUGGAAGAUGUCCUUUGUGAUGCCAUCAAAAUAUGGUCCGGACUUGCCUCAGGCAAAAGACCCAUCUGUGACUAUUAAGGAGGUGCCCAGCAAAAUCAUAGCAGUUGUCGCUUUUCCAGGUUUGGUUUCAGAUGAUGACAUAAGCAAGAGGGAGUCCAGACUACGGGAAGUUCUUCAGAAAGAUACCCAAUACAGAGUGAAAGAGAAUUCAGUGGUGGAAGUUGCGCAGUAUAAUCCCCCUUUCACACUUCCUUUCACAAGACGUAAUGAAGUAGCGCUUGAGGUCGAGCGGCUUGGUGGAAUCUCCUGAUGUCCAACAUUGACAACUAAGUUGUUAAAAUUUCAGUGUGUAUGCAAACACACUUUGUCCCUAAUGUAUAUACAUAUAAUUUUGUUGUUUCUAGUUCAGAAUGUAUAGCAUAUGUACAUAUCUCAUUUAUCACGUAUAAUAGUGAAGGGUAAAAUCUUACAGGCUAAACUUUGGUCUCUUUAUUUGUUUUAUGAAUGUAUGAUAGCAUCCGUUUAGAAGACUGUUGUAUCUUAAGAUUUCUUUGUCCACACUCAAUUUUAGUGUGUUUUUCAAUACAAUUUAAACCUACAUGGAGCCUUUUACGGUUGACA